AUGUCAACCGAAAUCCCCAAGACUAUGUUUGCGUGGAGGAAACAUAGGGGCAACCCCGAGCCAGUAACUUUAGGCUCUUGUCGUGUUUGGGAAGAGAUCCCGGUCCCCCAAACGCCACCAACCGGUAUUCUAUGCAAAAUGAUAGCUUCUGGAGUCUGUCGCAGCGACCACUCACUCCUCACCAUCGAUAAGCAAGCAGGGUGGUUUCAGGAAAAGUACACCCUGGGCCAUGAGGGUUGUGGGAGAAUCGUGGAAAUAGGUGCCGAGGUUAAGGAUUCAAACCUUCGAGUGGGAGAUGUGGUUGCUCUCCACGCCGUCCCAGGCUGUGCAGGUGAAGAAUGUCCCGAAUGCUCCCGAGACCUGUCACAGAUAUGUGAAAGAGGACACCAUUCGGGAAUUGGACAAGACGGCUUUUACGCCCCAUAUGCCACAAUGGACAUCAGGGGGGCUGUCCUUGUCCCCGAUGGCGUUACACCAGCUGAAGCAGCUGUGGCCACGGAUGCAGUGAACACGGCCUACCACGCAAUUCACAGAAGAGGCGAAGUCAAGAAGACAGAGACCACCUUCUUAUUCGGGUUGGGUGGUCUCGGCUUCAACGCAUUGCAGAUUGUUCUGGAUAUCGGAGCUAGGGUUAUCGUGUGCGACAUCAGAGAAGAAUGCCUCGAGAAUGCCGCAAAAUUAGGUGUGCCAAGAAGCGAUAUCGUUCCUGUUGGCAAAUCGCCACAAGAGUUCAUCGUUGAAAAUGGUCUAGAAGGGAAAAUCGACACUGUCCUAGAUUUCGUCGGCACCCAUCAGACCUUUGAAGAUGCUCAGCAUAUUGUCCGACGCGGUGGAAAAUUACUUUGCAUUGGUAGUCUGGAUACGGAAAAUACAAUCCACAUGAAGAUUGGGACUCGCAAGAGGUUGAGCUACAUAUUCUCUUACGGUGGACAGGUUAGGGAUCUUGAGGAAGUUCUCCAGUUGAUUAAAACCAGAGCUAUAUCCCCCCAAGUGGAGGAAGCCAGACUAAAGGACUUCCCUACGGUUCUCAAGGCGUUGGGUGAGGGGAAGAUCAAGGGACGGAUGGCCUUGAUGCACGAUUAG